AGAGAUUUCUUUAACAGAUAAUAAGAGAAUUAUUCUUAUUUGAGAGUUCUUAUAAUUUGUGAUCGAGUUACUUGCUUUCUAUAGUUAGGGUAGAAUGGGUUCAAGCUCAGCAGUAGUAUCUACAAUUGUGCAGAACUGGAGAGAGCAUCCUCCUUCUUCGUAUUCCCUCAAGGUUCACAACUUCUCACAGCUAGUGAAUUCGACGACGGUCUCUGAUGAUAAAUACCAAUCUCGUCUUUUCUCAUCGGGUGGAUAUAAUUGGAGACUGAUCGUCUACCCAAAUGGUAACGGAAAGGAUGAUGGGAGUGGAUUUAUUUCCAUGUACGUGGAAAUAGACAGCAAAAUAACAACAGAGGUUUUUGCGGAACUCCGUUUCUUUGUCUACAACAAAAAAGAAAACAAGUACUUUACUAUUCAAGAUCUAGAAGUAAGGCGGUUCAAUGCCCUUAAAACGGUGUGGGGAUUGCAGCAAUUUCUUCCAUUGGAUACAUUCAAUGACCUUAAAAAUGGAUACAUCUUUGAGGGAGGUCAUUGUGAGUUUGGUGUUGAUGUCAUUGUUGCAUCACCCCUCACCAACUGGGAAAUCCUGUCUUUUGACGAGAAACUCUCGAACCCCAAGUUCUCUUGGGCUGUCAAGAAAUUUUCUGACUUGAAAGAGCAUGUUUACACAUCAGACAGUUUCUCAUUGGGAGGAAGACAAUGGGUUCUAAAGAUGUAUCCGAAGGGUGCCUCUGGAUCAGAUGGCAAAUGGUUAUCCUUUUAUCUGUUUUUAGCUGCUGGUGAUACACUAAAAGCAGAUGAGAAGGUUUUUAGGCAAGGGCAUAUUCGAGUUCUAGACCCACUUGGAUCCAAUCACAUUGAACUUAAAACAAACCGCUGGGUCGAGGGAUCCUAUACGGGUUGGGGUUGGGACCAGUUUUUGUCUUUAGCUGAACUUCGGAAGUCUUACUUGGACAAGAAAGACACGUUGAAUGUUGAGGUGGAAUUCGAAGUUGUUUCUGCUACCAAAUACUCUACCAUUAUCUGAGCUUUACUUUGUACUCUCAUAAUAUCUAUUAUCUACUAUGAUCACUAUAGUACUAUGUGACAAAGUUUGUCUUUAGCUGAUCUUCAAAAGGUUUUACUUGGAUAAGGAAGACGCAAUUAAAUUUGGUAUCGA